CUCACAUCGGAAUGGGAUUGAGUUGGAUCUCCAUUAACGUCUUGCGUUCUUGCUUUGGAUCAAUAGACCUCGCCCUGAGCAAAGUGCAUCUCGCCGCUAUGGUAGGAGUUCUCACUGGACACUGUCCAAUGGGCACUCUUUCGGUACAGCUUAGAGUACUACCCGAGUUGGGUAGUUGCCAAAGUUAUAUGGAGAAGGGCGAGGUGGAAACAUCCCGGCACUUUCUUCUCCACUGUCCGGCUUUCGCUAGGCUGAGAUUGAAAUAUCUCCGCUAUCUGAAUACUUAGCCGAAAUGAAUGUUAGCCGUUUUAACAAGUUUGUUAUAAGCACAAAGCGUUUUGUCGACAUGUAAGAGUCUUUUGAUACAUAUUAUAGGAGUUUUUAGGUAUCACAACGGACUGGCGUUUUAAGCUGUCCAAGUGAGAUCCUUCUUGGGAUCAACCUGCUAACCUAACCGAACUGUUAGCAUAAUAUGAUAUUAUACCAUCUUGAUAUUGGUAAAUAUGCGGUAUAUUUUGAUGAUGUUAACAAAGUUAUUCAUGGACAAACUUGAAGUUACGCUUACUAUGAGUGGACCAGGAACUAUUGUAACAGAAGUUGGUAUUACAAGUCAUACUAAUUCAAUUCAACAAAAUUUAUAUACCUAGAGCCAAUUACAGAGCCGAUGUUUCCUAUAAUUUAAGUAAAAAAAAUUUUAAUUAUAAUUUUUAUUUAAGGUUUUGGCUGUGAUAUUAUGUGCAAUAUUUCAUUAACAGCUCUUUUAAAUAUUACCAUAUUAUUAUAUACAUAGUUCUCGGUUUAGUUUUAAAUAUAUAUACUUCAUAAAUAAAUUAUUUGUAUCAAACACGGUAGAUAUAUUUAUUUCCUAAAAAGUAGUUUAAAAUUAGCUUAAGCAACACUGUUACGACAUGCUCAAUAGAAACAUAUUUAAAUAUUUUUGAAACAGACGGAUGGAUUUUUAAAAAGGUGAGUUGUUUUUGAUUAUUGUUUUUAAUAUAAUAAUUGUUUUUAUACAAAUUUAUAAAACUAGUCUUCAGUUUCGUUGAGAAAGCACUUUCUUGAUCCCGUUAUUUGACAUGGUUGCUUAAUUGAACGUUACAUUUUUUUGUGGUGAAUAUUUAUAAAUUUACCACAGUUAAAAAGAGGCAUAAAUAUAAUCCUCAAUUAUUCUGGAAUUUGCCAAUAAUAUUCGCUCCUUUAAGAAUAUAUAUUGAAAUAAACUUAUUUUUAAAAAAUUUUACAUAUAACGAAUAUUUUUAGGACUACUUUUUUUCCUCAUCCCCGAAUCGGACUUGACAUUUCUCCAUGGAUAACUCUCAGAAAUCGCUUUGUUUACUCUCUCUCUCUCCUCCCCUUUUACGAUGCUUAAGCCUAACUUGUUACAUAGAUCUUACUGCUAUUUAUACCGACACCAGUCUUUACUUACUACUAGUAGUUUACUUAUAGCUGAUAGCUGUUUGUUUAGAUUCAUUUUGUUUGUUCUAUGAUAAUAUUGUUUUCAUAUAUUCUGUUCAUUUAGAUUAUCUCUAAAUUAUUAUUCGAAAUCUUGUUUUGAUAUGUUUUGUUUACUGAAACAUAAGGUGUUUUGAUGUUUGUUGGUUUAAGAUAUUACUGUGAUAAGUAAUAGGUUCCUUAACUCUUUCCUAUGUUAAAAUGUAAUGUCCUCAUUUCGAAACAUCUAGGCAUGAAGUUGGAGUUUCUUGUGGACUUUUUGCUGCUUCACUAAGGAUCACCUUUGGGUAAAUUCCUCUUGUUGCUUGUUUAUGAUUUCCAUUAAUGCAGUCAUUUGUGCAUGAAGUUGGGCCAUUUGUUGUUCCAUUUUGGUUUUUUUUAAGGUCUUAAUUAACUGUCCAGUGUUUCAGGAUCUGUUAUUCAUGAUUCAACCUUCAUAUAUGAUUCAACCUUCCUAUUUCAGGAUCAGGAUCGAAUCUUCGUGAAAGUAUUAUCCGCUGUUUCAAGACCUAUAGACCUAUACCUUUUUUACUUUGUUCCACUUUUCAUAAACUUUUGCAGGAUUCGUUUUCCGUUGUUUUUUGAUAUGUUGUGAAUCUUCAUGAAUUUGUCGCUGUCCUUUUUUCAAGACCUGCUGGUGAUUCAAUUCUUGAAGUACUAUCCGCUGUUUAAGAAUUAAUACUUCUAAUUAUUGCCGUUUAUUUUCACUAUUUUAUCAGGCAUUUAGUGCUGGAAGUCCUACUUCCUGUGGAAUUUUUAAUUUUAUUUCUUUCGGAAUAAAAUUUGGCUUUUGAAUAGCAAAUCCAUAAGCAUCCACUAGUGAGCACCGGCACGGUUGCGUUAAGCUUUUAACGCCACUGUUAAUAAAAGGAGAAAGAGAAAGAAAGAGAUAGAGAGCUACGCAGCAAAUGUUGUGAAGCAUGCCAUGGCUUCCAAUGCGAGUGUUUUAAUUGUGUUGACUUUUGUAAUAAAUUCAGUAAUAAAGUCAGUUUGUUAAUUUUAAAUCUUGAUUUGAUAUUUCAUACGAAAUAUUUCGAAGUAUAAUAAUAGUGUGUGGUGAUUUUGUAGUUUGAAUAUAAUUAAAAUGAGUGAAUAGGAGGCUGUGGAGAGGGGCGCUGUGGACUCACGGUUAUGUGAAGCUAAGUUACUGUUGAUUCGGGUAUUGUUUGUACGUAACCUGUCUACAAGUUCUGAGCCUUCUGCAAAUGUUGAGUAGUAAAGAUUCCAAUGACAUUUUGCAACCCUUUUGUUAUUGUCAGAAUUAAUACAAUUUAAUUAUAAUUUAAAUAUUGAAUUAAAUAAUUUUUGCCCUAAAUAAUGUAAAAUAAAUGUGUACAAACGAAUUAGUGAAGUGUAAGUGGAUAUAAAAGUGAAAUAUAUAAGUGUAUAAUUCAUUUUAAAUCGAAAAAAUGCGUACUUUAAAUAGUUGAAAUUUUCAACUUUAAACGUGAAACUAUAAGUUUCUCGCUGCUAUAUUGAUAUAUAUAUUUUUAUACUAUAUACAUAUUGAUCUGGAAGAUCUCCUCCAUCCGCCCAUACCCAUUUUGGCCGCGAAAGCCUGGGAUGGUAAACAAAAGUUUUCCCAAAAUUUUAAUAAAUAAUAAAGCAAAACUAUUUAUAAACAUAUAUCUCUUAAACACUCGAUUUGUUUGAAAUCAAUACUGACGUGCUUUUUAUUGAAAUUGAAGCUCGCGAUCCAUCAUCUUCAAUAUAUCACAUUUAAAUUGAACGUGUGGCAGGCGUCAUUAUUGCGUGCUCCUAACUCAAUAAAUAUCGUGAUUCAAUAUAUAUUGAACGUGUGUACCAUUUCCUAAUAGUACCAUAAGGUUAUAUUGGUAAAAUAUUUUGAUAGGUGUAAAGAAAUUACUUACGGCUUGUUCAAUGUGGGCAAAUCUUAAAAUGAAGUUAUGGUGUCCUAGCAAGUUUACCGCUAUUGGAAUGAAAUACUUUGCGCCACAGAAAAAAAGUGAUUAUGUGGAGAAAUUGGAGCGCCCAAAAUUAAGAGUAAUGGAGAGAGUACCUCAGUAUCCCCCUAACCUCCGACCACCAAAAAUGCAGAAAAGAUUGAAGUUUAUGAGGGGACCUGAAGUUGUUCAUAAAAAUUUUAUUCAUAAACAGUAUGGAAUUGUUGCGGAAAGUGGCGGUCGUUUGCGAUGGGGCCAUUUCGAAAUGCUAAGGCUUACAAUUGGUCGCAAGAUGGAUAUUAACAGAAUGUUCGCCAUAUGGAGAGUGCCGCCGCCUUGGCAACCUGUAACUAAAAAAGGCCAAGGCCAGCGCAUGGGAGGUGGAAAAGGCGCCAUAGACUAUUACGUUACUCCAAUAAAAAAGGGUCGUGUUAUUCUUGAAAUCGCUGGUAACUGCGAAUUUUCUGAAGUAAAAUCCUUUUUGGAUAUAGUGGCGCAGCAAUUACCUUUCAAAGCUCGUGUUAUAUCACACAAUCUGUUAAUUGAUUCAGAGCAUACACCAAUUGAAGAUCCGUCACACAGUUAUAUAAAGUAUAUAAUACAAAAUAAUUUAAGCGGUUGUCAUAAGUGGUUAUCUCCUGUAGAUCACAAAUGGUUUGGGAAGUAUAAUUAGUUAAAGUUUUUUUGUUAUUAUGGCAUGAUAACGAUUUCAUUAGCGCUGCGAUCUAGUGUUAUGGACGGUCAGAGGAGGUUCUCAGGAUUAAAAAUGCACACAUAAUCUCCCAGCUCAGAUUUAUUGUUUUCGAGAUAUUUGUAUGUAAAGCUCAAAAAUUUUAAAAGUAAUUACGCUAUUUCGUUAUGUGUUACACACUUGCAGUUAGUAUAUUUGUAAUUACGCUAUACAAUGAAUUUUUACAAAAAAAAAUAAAAUAUGAACAACCUGUUGAUCAAUCGACUAGGAUUACUUUUUUUUUAAAUGUGUACAAAGUGCGUAAAACAGCGAAAUAGAGAGCAAUACUUUUACAAUUUUUGAACAUUAAUCUUAAUUUUAUCGUUAUUCUUUAUCGGUGGUUCAAUAAAUGAUAAAUUUCUUUCUAUAUUGGAGAAAACUUUAGUAUAACGUCCCACGCUUUCGGGGAUAAAAUGGGUAUGGGUGGAUAGA